GGCCAGAAAGGGUCGAUGGUGUUCCAGGAUAACAGCGAACUAAAACUGUCCGCAAAAGUAUCCUCGCGCUUCCUUCUUGCAAACGCCUCAUCAUCCCUUCAGAUGCUCUGCCCCUCCCACCACCACCCGGCCACGUUCCUCCAUGGCUCCCUCCGACCUAACCCUACUAACCCUAACCUUAGUUCCUUCUUCCCGUCCUUCUCUCUCCCAUUCCCUACUCUCCUAUCCCGCAAACCCCUUCUCUCCUCCUCCUUCGUCGCCUUCGAUUCAAGUAACCAAUCCAUAGAUCCAUCUCCAGAAGAAUUCGAAUCCCAAAUCGACCCCUCUCUCCUGUCCCGUCGGCAUAACGCCCGCUCCAGUUCUCUCCUCCUCCGUCACUUCCAGUCCCAACCCGAGCAAACCCAAUAUGAUCCAGUCCUCGACGACGAAGAGCAAGAAGAGGAGCUCCAGAGGAAGAGAAUCGUGGACGAGGUAUCCCUUGCCACCAGGAGGGCCCCCAGAUUCCCCGGCUCCAUUGAUUUCCCCAAGGCUGAGCAGCUCGACCGUCCCCCCGACCUCCGCCGUGACGUUGGCAGUGAUGAUAGGGUCCUCAAGCGGGCUCUCGAGGUCCGCCGAGGGGUGGCGGCUGAGAUCUUGAAGGAGGCCCUGCAGGCAGGGAGGCUUAGCAUUAGAUAUUCCGCUAACCUUGUCUCCAAAUUGCCGCAUUUCGUCGAUCGGGUCGUGAUCGAAGCGGCGGCGAUGAAAGGGGUUUCGGAAUUCUCGCAUCUGUCUUUCAAUGCUCGGGCGAAGAGCUACAUCCAGAGCUCUGGCGUGGUCCCUCUUGUCAAGUGGUUGAAACACAAUUCAAUGACGUAUCCACGAAUCGGGAAGGUAAUUUGCAUGUGUUCUGGUGAUCUCUUGCCAGUGAGGCGUCUAUGUGAAUGGUUGAAGUCAAUUCAUGUGAAGGGGGAGUAUCUCGGGAUUGUGCUUGUAAAGGCAGGUCCCAUUUUCGACCGCAGUUUAGACACGCUGGAUGAGAUUGUCAACUAUCUAGAGAGAAAUGGGGUGAGGAGGGAUUGGAUGGGUUUUGUUGUUACCCGAUGCCCCCAGGUGUUGGCUUUAAGCAUGGAGGAAUUGGAAUGCCGAGUGAAGUUUUAUCUGGACAUGGGAAUGAAUGGGAAUGACUUUGGUACGAUGGUCUUCGAUUAUCCAAGAGUGCUUGGGUUCUACAGCCUGGAAGACAUGAACAGUAAGGUCCAAUACCUUAAGGAGUUUGGCUUGAGUACUGAGGAUGUUGGACGAUUGUUGGCUUUCAAGCCACAAUUAAUGGGUUGCAGCAUUGAGGAAAGGUGGAAACCCCUUGUAAAGUAUCUGUAUUAUCUUGGUGUUCGUCGUGAUGGUAUGAGGAGAAUGCUAAUGAUUAAACCUAUGAUUUUCUGUGUUGACCUGGAGACAACCAUUGCACCAAAGGUACGAUUUCUACAAGAUAUAGGCAUCAAAAGUGAAGCCAUCGGUGGAGUCCUUGUCAAGUUUCCACCCAUACUAACUUAUAGCCUGUACAAGAAAAUACGCCCCGUGGUCAUUUUCUUGAUGACAAAAGCUGGAGUCACUCAAAAGGAUAUUGGGAAGGUUAUUGCCUUGGAUCCCCAGCUUGUGGGCUGCCAUAUUAUACAGAAGCUAGAGAUUAAUGUUAAGUACUUCCUGUCAUUGGGCAUACGCCUUCAGUCACUCGGUGAGAUGAUUGCCAACUUCCCAAUGCUGCUCAGAUACAAUUUGGAUGUUCUUCGCCCUAAGUACCGGUACUUGAGACGAAUUAUGGUUCGUCCAUUGCAGGAUCUCAUUGAAUUUCCUCGGUUCUUUAGUUAUUCACUAGAUGGAAGGAUAGUUCCGAGGCACAAGAUUUUGGUGGAAAACAGAAUAAAUUUUAAGCUGCGGUACAUGUUGGCAGGCUCUGAUGAAGAAUUCAAUCAAAGGGUACAGGCUGCUAUUGAGAAACGAAAAAGAUUUGAAUCUGCUGGCACAUGUGUUGAACAUCCUGAUUCUGACUCAACUGACGUGGCUCCAGUAGCAUCCUAAAUUUCCAGGGGAGGGAGAGGGGGGAAGAGAGUCCUUAUGGCUGUCCAGCAGUCCUACUUGUAAAUGUUAAAGAAAGUAUUAUGUUUAUUCUCAUAUUUUAAUUAGUUAAUCUUGAUAAUUUUGCAUCA